UUUUAUUGGUCUUUAUGCUAUUCAAAUUUACUUUUGUAACUGCAAAUUCUUUCCUUAUAAUUGCAACCAUUCAGAACUACUCCAAUACACACUCCUGAGUCAACUUUCCAGCAGGCGUCCGCAGAAGAACUUCCUGCAGCAAUAGCAAUAGCAGGAGUCCGCAGUAGCUGGUUUAAUUACUUUUUAUUACAUGUUUUUUUCAGGUGACAAAUAUGAUGGGUAUUGAAUGGAUGAGGCGCCAUCUUGGUGAAAAGUAUAACCUUCAUGUUUUGACCUUCUCGCCUCCCAAUAGCAUGCAUAUUGACGUAUCAUUUACUGCAGUAAGAGAAGGCUUACUUAUUGUUAACCCUAACAGACCGUGCAAUGAGCUAGAUAUUUUUCAAAAAGCAGGCUGGAAAAUAGUGGAAGCACCUAGACCUGCUAAGCCUACUUCGCAUGUUUUGCGGAUAAGUACCAGUUGGUUAAGUAUAAAUGUGUUACUGGAUGACAAAAGAGUAAUCGUGGAGAGUUCUGAAUUACCAAUACAAAAAGUAUGUUUUCUAUCCUAACUAGUCAUAAGCUCGUGGAAAUCCACAUGAAUUGGCCUGCCACUACUUUCCAUUACUAUCUUUGCCUGACAGACGGAAAGUUGGGUAUUAUUAUAUCGUCAUUAAUAUGUUAUAAUAUAGUCAUUAUCCUGUGGAAGAAACCACGGGGUCGUCGUCUGCAUAUUAUCUACUCUGCAAGGAAACCGGAUUAAAGCUGCGCGCAGCCAUUUUGAAUGCACAAAAUAUGGCGGUUAUUAACGCCGGAUCAAACCACAAGUAACUGUGUGCCCCAGUGUUUAACGCCACAAUGUGCGUUUAGCAAUAAAGCGCUUCAUAAAGCUGUAAACUGGGUAGCACAUCAAGGUGGAGCAAUUUCAAACAGGUAUACAGUAUGUCGAAAAUCGAGUAAAGCGUGUGAAUAGUAUUUGGAGUGUAACUUGAAAUUUUUGUUUUUUCUAACAAAUUUACCUAAAAAAAAUAAUUACAGUUUACAAUCAGUUAGCCAAUUUUAUUUAUUUUG